AAACGUCAUCCGGCUGGGAUGGAUCUCAGUUCGGCUCCGGACGUCUGAAGAUUGUUUUGGACGACAUGGACGCCGAGUUGCGUGACAUUUGCGAGAGAAUAGACACAAAGCGCCGCGGCUAUGUCUCAAAGUUGGAGUUGGUGGCCGCUGCACAAAAGGAUCCUGAGGUCGCAGCCUUUAUCCUCCCGAAGAAGGGUUUUAACAUUCCAGGUGAAGCGACGGACGAAGAGAUCUUUGAUGCAGUGAUGGAUGUAUUUGAUUUGAUUUCCCAAGGAAAGCAGCGAAUCAAGUUCACAGACUUGGCAGCAUUCUUUGCCAAGGAGGAAGUGGAUGACAGCACGGAGACAGCCAGCGAACUGGCUCGGAUGUUUGAUCUCCUAGACGCUGAUAAGAGCGGCAGCAUCUCCAAGUUCGAAAUGUUCGAAGCCGUGAAGGAGAAGGAGGAAGUGGCAACUUUCCUGCUGCCCCAUCUUGACGGUGCUCAAGCUAUGGAAAGUGAAGAGGCUUUCAACACCAUUGAUCGCCUCUUUCAGAACAUUGCCUGUGGCAAAAAGCGCAUCGAAUUUGCCGAUUUUGAGAAAUACUUCAAGGUGAAGUUCAAUAGCAUCCCGCAGCUCAGUGCAGCGGACCGGGCUGAGACAAAGGUUUUGGUCAUUGGACCAGGCUUUGGGCAGAUGCUCAAUCCUCGCCAGAGUGCGAUGAUCCAAGAUGCUGGCUACCAGGUGAACUUUUUCCACGGCAUCCCAAACCCGGAGAUGAGAACCUUUGAUGCAGCUCCUUAUCUAGAGAAGAUCAAGGCAGAGAUCGAUGUAUUUCAGCCACACGUGGUAGCAUCGGCUUCAAAAGGAGGAAUCUACCUACUUGGACUGUGGGAGGCUGGGUACUGGCGAGGACCCAGUUUGCUCUUGAAUGCUCAUCCUCGCUGCAAAGAGUUGCCACAGGGUGUGCCUGUGGUAGUGGCACAUGGAAGCAACGAUGAAGUCUAUCCCACGACCCGUGACCACCUUGAAAAGCUCAUUGCCACGGGCACGGAGAAUAUGUGCUUCUUGUACCAUACCGCCGACAGUGGGCGGUUGCCUACCAAGCACCUGACGCGCAAAGGCGACAAGCACAACAUGGAGUCCCUAUUGGUGCGUGACAUGUUGCCACGUUUGAUCGAUGCGACUCUAUGUCCAGGGGGUCCCGAGGCGACGAGUGGAGUAGAUGAGCAGAAACUUUUUGAGGUCCCAAAGGGAAGUGAGGAAUGGACGACCGUCGAGACAAUUUUCUGGGCGGAACCGAAGGAGACUCCGGUCUAUGGGGUCCAGGGCAAUUGGGACAAAGUGCAGCUCCGCAACAUCCAACGGGUCGAAAACCUGGCGCAGUUGGAAGGAUGCGCCAAACCGUAUUUUGAGUCUUUGGGCCGGAAUAUUGAAGAACAGGGCGUUGAGUUCGAUCCGGAGCUGCACACGUCUUGGGCCUUCCAUGGUGGUCUCAGUGAGAAUCUGGAGUCCAUUGUGAGCUGCAGAAUGGCUGGCUUUCAGCCGCUAGCUGCCGGCUCUCGGGGAAGCCUCGUCUGGGGAUCUGGCACAUACUUUGCAAGAGAAGCAAGGUAUGUGUCAGAGGGCGGUUUCUGUGGCAAGCCAAAUCCAGAUGGUACAAGACAGAUGCUGCUGUGCCUGCUGAUGACAGGGCUUCCAUGCCUUGGAGAUCCGCAGCACAAAGGUGUUUUGCCCUUCAGAAAUAAACCACAUCGCUACCACUCCUCGGUCGACAGCCUGUCCAGCCCGGAGAUCUUCAUCACGCAGCAUGCAGGUGCCGCGCUGCCGGCUUACCUGAUCACAUUUUAUUCGACCCGCUGCCCGGCACUUUCGACCAGUUCCUGUUACAGACAGGGGGGCUUCCUGCUGCCUGGGUGGGAUGAUAGCUCCGAAUUGGGCACAUCUCGCUUCUUGACAGCUGCUGGGGCUCCUCUGCCAAUUUUGGACCGUUUUUGCGACUUCGGCAAAGAAGUUGCUUGACUCGUUCAGGCUGGGUGCAGUCACAUCGCUUUGCAGCACCUUUGCCAAAAGGAUUCAACUCUAGUGACUAGCAGGUGAUUGCACCUGGCACAGGACAGGAGCAAGUUUGAUGCGGGAUACGGUGCAAACCGCACUCCUGUGCCUUGCAGUCCCUGGCUCUGGUGCUCACAGUCUAAGACUUGUGCAGACAGGCCAUCAGUAGAGCCAUGUGCGGUAUUUGCGCUAUCGCUAGAUUUCGAAGCCUAGAGACUUCAUGGAGAAA